ACCAUUACUUUUUAUGUCCUUUCUAUUUGGUCAUAGUAGGAAUCUUCUUUGCAUUUGGCGUCGACGUCCCUACCCAUACACACCCUGUAUUGUAAUGUCUUAUAAAACUAUUAACCUAUGAACCUCAACAAUACUGACAAUUGUAUGCCUGUGUCACUUGCUUGCAUAAAUAAGAACAGCUUUUGCACAAGUUACCCUAUUAUUAUUAAUCUUUCACUCUUGGAUUUUUGGGAUUGGGACAAUGAAAACCCGGAGAGGAAAACGUUCUGAGACCUUUUGGCCCUCCAUUGUAAUGAAAAAAUGGCUAAAUAUUAAGCCAAAGGUGUAUGAUUUUAGUGAGGAUGAAGUUGACACAGAAACAGAGAGCGAGGAUGAUGCUUACUCUGUCAAAGAUGAAGGAAUUCAUGUUGGUGAGGAUCAUGCCUUUAGAACCCAUUGGGAACAAUGCAAAUUCCCAAUUCAAACUUCAGGGACAAAUUCGAAAGGCUAUUUGCAAAGACACAAGAGAGGGAAAUCAGAAACUCUGCGUGCUCAAUAUAUAAAUGCAAAAGAAGUGAGGGUGACAGUAGGCACUUGGAAUGUUGCUGGAAGACUUCCAUAUGAGGACCUUGAGAUUGAGGAGUGGCUUUCUAUGAAAGAACCAGCCGAUAUUUAUAUCCUUGGUUUCCAAGAGGUGGUCCCUUUAAAUGCUGGGAAUGUGCUGGGAGCAGAGACUAGAAGGCCAAUCCCAAUGUGGGAGGCUAUCAUUCGCGGGACCUUGAACAAGACAUUGGAGCCUGAAACCAAACACAAAAGCUAUAGUGCCCCACCCUCUCCAGUGUUGAGGACUUCUUCUGCCGCUGAUACACUUGCUGAUGCGGUUGAUACUGCCGCUUCGUAUAUGAUGGUUGAGGAAUCUGUAGACACUAUUAAUGUUAGUGACAGUCUGACGAUUGGCAUGGGGAAGAACCACCAAGUAAAGAGAAUAUAUGGCAUUGAUAGUGACAUUAGAUUGGACUGGCCUGAACGUUCAUUGGACACAACACCUCAAGUUCUUUCUUCUGGUCUGAAAUUGCGGAGAGUAUUGAGCAGUUCUGCGAGAGUUGGUUCUGUCUGGAUGGAGCAGCCUCUGACUUCCAGUCCUCAGAAUAUUGGAUUCUAUGAUGGUGGAUUGAAAAGGGUGCAUCGUAGCUCUGGAAACUUAGGCUUAAUCUGGAUGGAUCAGCAAGAUGGGCCUGAAGUUCUUGAUUCUGUCUCCGACGAAUUUUCUGAUGAUGAAGAUGACUCUUUUCGAGAAAUACCAGUGGUCAAAGAUGAAAUCCCCAUUUCAAAAAAUGGAGUAAAUUCACAUCCUAUGUAUGUGAGAAUCGUCAGUAAGCAGAUGGUAGGGAUAUAUGUGUCAGUUUGGGUCCGUAGGAGAUUGAGGAGACAUAUAAACAACUUGAAAGUCUCCCCUGUUGGAAUUGGGCUUAUGGGCUACAUGGGCAACAAGGGAUCGGUUUCUGUCAGCAUGUCUUUGUUUCAAACUCGCCUAUGCUUUGUUUGUUCUCAUUUGACCUCUGGUCAAAAGGAUGGGUAUGAACAGAGGCGUAAUUCGGAUGUGUAUGAGAUCCUAAGACGUACACUUUUCUCACCUAUCUUUGACACUGAUCAACCACAGACAAUUCCAUCUCAUGAUCAAGUAUUCUGGUUUGGGGAUUUGAAUUAUCGUAUCAAUAUGUUGGACACAGAGGUAAGGAAGCUUGUUGCAGAGAAGCAGUGGGAUGAACUUCUCAACAGCGAUCAGCUAAGCAAAGAACUCAGAAGUGGGCAUGUGUUUGAUGGAUGGAAGGAGGGGAUGAUAGACUUUGCACCCACUUACAAAUAUGAAAUCAACUCUGAUAGAUAUGUUGGUGAAAACCCAAAAGAAGGGGAGAAGAAGAGAUCCCCCGCAUGGUGUGAUCGUAUAUUGUGGAUAGGAAAAGGCAUUAAACAAAUUUCAUACAAGCGAGCAGAGAUAAGGCUCUCAGAUCAUCGGCCUGUCAGUUCAACAUUCUUGGUUCAAGUUGAAGUCUUUGAUCAUCGGAAGCUGCAUAGGGCACUCAAUUUCACAAGUGCAGUAGUACAUCCUGAGAUUUUCCUAGGUGAAGAGGGAGAGUCAGAACUUUAGCAGAUAGCUUGCAAGCAAGCUUAACAAUGGGUUGUUGGUACUCACAAGCAAGAAGCGCAAAUUCUUUUAAAGCUGGAAGAUGUUAGUUUAUACAACAAAGGAUUUUAGGUUCCUUUUGGUUUUUGCUUAGAUCCCACACGCAACCAUGUAGAAUCGAACUUUGUUUAUGUAGUUUUGAGUAGAGUUUGUGAGAUUUAUGGUUUUAAUUAGUUUUAAGGUGUGACACAUAGCCAAACAUAAAAAAAAAAAUUAGAAAGAGUUAUGGGUCUGUAAGUAAUGUGGUAUAUCUUUGUAUUUUUUGCUCUAUCUUGAAGGAGGAAUUUGUAAAUAUCUAUGGGGAAUAUAUAUAUUUA